AUAAGGCCCUGUUUGUUUGCAGCUAUUGUGGCGAGCAAAAAAAAUUCGUAAACCCUCCCGCCGCCACGCAGGCCGCCGAUUAUCUCCAUCUCCGACAAGUCUACCGCCGGCGGUAAAAGCCUCCGCCGCCUUACUUGGCACGACAAUGCUUAGCACGAGAAAUUUACUGUUGAGACCAAAAUUGAAGAAUCGGAAACAAGCCCUAAAAACUGUUUCCAGAAGGCGAAAUUCAUUCGCGAAGAAAUCGAAAUAUGAAUCCGGCAAACGAGCAGUGCGAAUCGAUUUCACGGGAGAAGAAGAUGAAGAAAAGCACGAACAAGUCGGAGUGGAUGAGGAGGACGUCGCAUUCAGCUUGAAAGGAUCUGCUCGAUCUCAUUCGCACGGAGUCCAACCGCUGGGGAAUCUCUAUUUCACUCCUUCAUCCGUUAAUUCGAGAGACGUCGGCCUCGGCAACCUGAAAACCCUAACGGACGAAUUAAUCCUCGACGUCCUCGGACUUCUGAGCGGCGCUGAAUUACGGAUUCUAUCGACUGUAAGCAAAUCCUUUUACGUAUUUUGCAGCCACGAACCUCUCUGGAGGAACCUUGUUCUGGAUAUGCAUAAAAACGGAUUCAUAUUCAACUCUUCCUGGAAGAACACUUACAUCACUGCUUAUAACAAUCCAUUUACUGCUGUUAAUUCUGGAAUUAGGGUUAGGGAUUUUUACUCCGAUUACCUCUUUCAGAGCUGGCUUUGUGCUAAUCUUGAAAUGAAGCCUGAGUGGCUUGACAGGGAUAACAUAGUGAGGAAAAGGGGAAUUUCUGUAGAUGAAUUUGUACUGAACUUUGAGGAGCCUAACAAACCUGUGUUGUUGGAAGGUUGUUUAGAUAAUUGGCCUGCUAUGAGAAAUUGGGAUAGGGAUUAUCUGAUUAGAGUUUGUGGCGAAGCUCGAUUCUCCGCCGGGCCGGUGGAGAUGAAGCUCGAGGAUUACUUUAGGUAUUCGGAUCAAGUGAGGGAGGAAAGGCCAUUGUAUCUUUUCGAUCCGAAGUUUAUCGACAAAGUUCCGCAGUUGGGAGAGGAUUAUGAAGUUCCUAGCUACUUCGACGAGGAUCUUUUUGGUGUUUUGGGGAAGGAUAGACCUGACUAUAGAUGGAUUAUAAUCGGUCCUGCAGGAUCUGGAUCGUCGUUCCACAUUGAUCCCAACUCGACUUCUGCUUGGAAUGCGGUGAUCAGAGGUUCCAAGAAAUGGAUAUUGUUCCCGCCUGAUGUAGUGCCGCCUGGGGUGCAUCCGAGCCCGGAUGGGGCAGAGGUUGCCUGCCCGGUUUCUAUAAUCGAGUGGUUCAUGAACUUCUACGGCGCCACCAAGAGUUGGAAGAAACGACCGAUCGAAUGCAUUUGCAGGGCGGGGGAAGUGAUCUUUGUGCCUAAUGGAUGGUGGCAUUUGGUUAUUAAUUUAGAAGAUUCGGUUGCGAUUACGCAAAAUUUCGUCAGCAGGAGGAAUCUGUUGAAUGUUCUUGAUUUUUUGAAGCAGCCUAAUGCGAGCGCCCUUGUGUCGGGAACUAGGGACCGGGUGAACUUGCACGACAAGUUUAAGAAUGCGAUCGAGACGGCGUUUCCGGGAACUUUGGAUGAGCUGAUGCAGAAAGCAAUGGAGAAGAAGAAGAAACAGCAGCUCUCAUAUUGGGACUCUGUAACUGAUUCAAAGGUUGGUGCCUUUAAGUUUUCAUUUUAGAAGUUUUGUUACCUUUUAACAGUGGAUUUGGAUUGGAAGUAUUUAAUUUGAUAAUUUGUAAAAAAAAAUAUAUGCUAUUUUGAUAUUUAUAUUAGGAAUUAUUUUGUCACAUUCCAAAAGAGAACUGAAUUAUUGAAGACAUGAGAU